CACAACCGUCCACUCAGCAGCUGGUGGUGUAGGACGGAAAUGUCGGUUGACUAACGGAUCUUAAACUAGCUGUGAUAACAACAACAACAACAACAACAACAGAUACACGUUCUUGGUUAUUUCGUAACGGGAGAGAGGAGAAAAAACAACAACAACAACAACAACAACAACAGCAACAACAAACGGCUCCGGUUUACGCCGCAGCGCGAGAGAAGAAGAUCUGCUCCACUAAUGAUGUCAUCGUAUUAUCAUCCGGGGAAGGAGGCGGACAUGGCGGAGCCGCUGUGCCUGGAGAGAGAUGUAUGCAGGGUAAUUGAGUUGCUGGACCGGCUGCAGAGGAGCGGCGAGCUGCCUCCCCCCAAACUGCAGGCGCUGCAGAGGGUGCUUCAGAGCAAAUUCUGUGCUGCCAUCAGAGAGGUGUACGAACAGCUCUAUGACACGCUGGAUAUCGUGGGUGGACCCGAGGUGCGAGCUCAGGCCACUGCUAAAGCGACAGUAGCUGCGUUUGCGGCGAGCGAAGGCCACGCCCACCCGCGUGUUGUGGAGCUUCCCAAGACUGACGAAGGGCUGGGCUUCAACAUCAUGGGGGGAAAGGAGCAGAACUCACCCAUCUACAUCUCCAGGGUGAUUCCAGGGGGCGUGGCCGACCGACAGGGCGGAUUGAAGAGGGGCGAUCAGCUACUUUCCGUCAACGGAGUGAGCGUGGAGGGUGAGCAUCAUGAGAAGGCCGUGGAGCUGCUGAAGGCGGCGCAGGGUUCAGUGAAGCUGGUGGUGCGCUACACCCCAAAGGUCCUGGAGGAGAUGGAGGCCCGGUUCGAGAAGCUGCGCAGCGCCCGGCGACGCCAGCAACACACCAGCCACUCAUCUUUAGAGUCUCGGGGUUAACCAAUCCCAACCACCGGUUAACCUGUUGACCACUCCCAUUCCUCAAUCCUCCAAUGGGAAGACAGAAGACUAGCAGUGCUGAGGAGAUGAGCGAAGACUCGCUUUAGAUACAUGUAUGUUAGUGGAACAUUCCUGAAACAGUAGACCUCAAAUAUACUCUUUAUGCCAUCCAUCUAUAGGGAGAGACUGAACAGAGUAUCAAAUUUAAUUUUUUUAUUUGUGUUUGUGUGUGUGUUUUUGUGUGUGUGUGUAAAAAAAAAAAACACUGUUGUAUGUUCAGUAAUGUAAUUAAAGAAAAACAGAGACCAACUAUAGCAAAGAGAGCAUAUUCACAGAUCAGAAGCUUGCAGUCAUGCUCCUCCAAGGGCUGUGUGUGUGUGUAUGUGUGUGUGUGUGUGUGUGUGUGUGUGUGUGUGUGUGUAUGUGUGAACACUGUGGUUGUGUGACCCGUCUCUGUACAUGACAUUAUGCUGCAUUACAGGCAUAGAUGACCAUUUUGAGGGUAAAAGCUCUUCCUGACCUCACACUGCUCCAACCUAUACAGCUUUUCCUCGGCACUACAUGCCCAAAGAGUUUGUCUUAAUCCUCUGAUGAAGUAACUCUGUGUCUGGAUGUAUGUGUGUGUGUGUGUGUGUGUGUGUGUGUGUGUGUGGGUGGAAACAUAUUUAGUGCUUGCAUUACAAGUGGCUCUCUGUUGACAGUUUGUCAGACCCUGUGCGUUAUACCGCUGUUCUGUGUGGAAUUGAGCUGCUAGUCAUGCCUGUUUACAUUUUCGUGACCUCUUAUUUAAUUUAUUUAUUCAUUCAUUCCUACAAUAAAAUCAGCAAUGUUAUUGAAAAGCCUCA